UUGGAUUCUUAGCAGCUGUAAUAAAACAAGAGCAGAAAUGGUGUUGCCUUUAGUGACGCAUUUCAUGGGCAGAUUAAAUCAACGUCAAAUGAUUUGUGUUGUGUUCAUCUUGUUAUUUACAUAUCUAUAACUUAACUAUACACAUGGAUAUACAUCGCCGGGUCUUUGAAGGGAUUAUUAUAAGCACUAAAUGGUUAUAUUUCCUUCGACCUUCUAUUAUUAUUUUGUUAUUUUCUAAAAGGCGUACAUUUAGAGAGAAUCUUUGAACGCAGCACGCUGGUCGUCACGUUGGAUGAAUACAAGAUGCCACCACAGCGGACGAACAGUUUGGAAUUCGAGGUGCGACCAUUCUAAAGUCAGUCAUUCCCAAUUUUGGGGAACGUAUUUGGAAACAACCGGCGUAUUCAAACGGCGUUUGAGCCCGCGUCAAUGAGGUGAGAGGAAGCUCGGUUCGCGGAAGUGAAGCUUCGAUCAGAGCUGAUUCGUCAAUAUGGCACCCAGAGAUCCACUUGUCAGCGCCCUCAAAGUGUGCUUGUUGAACCUGCAGUGUGAUUGUGGGCAGACGGUGACGGACAGCAACCCUCACCUCACCUCUUGCUGCCAGCUUCUUGAGCUGCUCCUCAGGAAAGGACUCCAACAGCCGGUCCUCAGUCUGGUUCCUCGAGACUACUGGCAAUGUUUUGAGCAGCUUCUCCGCCAAGAUUCAUGUGACCGGCUGUGUACUGUGGCGUGGGCUGUGGAACAGACUAAAGCUUGCAGGAAGCUGCUCUCAGCUCAGGGCCGAGGCCGUUACCUGCUCAGAUUGGCUCUCAGACGCAAGUUGCUGCCACAGUUCGUCACUCACCUCCUGCACACUCCCAGAGUCUUGGAGUGGUACAGCCCAGCCUUCUCAAUCCUCAGGAAUGAAGAAUUUUUAGAACCUUUCAUGUCCCUGCUGCUGGUUCUAUCUCACAUGGAGUUCGACCUUGACAUGGAGAAUUGCAGUUUUUUGGAUGAAAGCUGGCUUUUACCGGUGUGCGAGACAUAUGAAGUGGUGCCGUGUCGACAGGUGGGAAUGGUCCUGAGCUACCUCAGUGGGCGCGUCUUCCUUCUGGACUUGAUAUCUGGGAGCCAGGCGCAUGUUGACAAGUUUAUCUGCCGCGGUGACGUCAUUGACGAGAUCAAUGGCACCUCUCUGAGAAAUUCCAAGAACGGACAGGCAGGUGUGGUUCUGUCACGGCUUAAAGGCUGCCCCCUAUCUAUCCGUGUUGUGCGCUGGCGUGCCCGCGACGGGACGGUGUAUCGACCUCUCAUUAAAAUGCUGCGGACUUUGAGGAUAGAGAAUCCGUGGCUGCAAGUCUGCCCUGCUCCCAGUGACCAGAGAACUUCUCCGCCGACACAGUGUCUCAAAGAGGGAAGGAUUGUGUACAUUGUCCAGUUCUUGGGGGCAAAAAACAUUGGAAUGUUUGGAACCAAGGAGGUGUUGCAACACGCAAUUUCACACGUGUUACAGGAAAACCUGCCGAGCAAGGAAGUACUUUUAGAUUUGCAGGAAACGCACUUAACGUGUACAGAGAGCAGCAGUAAACUGACGCUGUGUGAAUAUCACUAUCCAGACAUAUCGUGUGUUGGGAGAUACAUGAAACCAGAUUACACGAUAUUAGGCUUUUGUGUGGUAAACAGACCACCAGAAACCCCAACAACACGCUUCAGCUGUGCGGUGCUCAAAGCUGCUAGCAUUAAGGAGUGUGAAGAGAUAGUUUGUCGUACAGGUAAAACAAUACCUGCUUGGUUUACAUACACAGUUCUUAAGCUAAAAUGCAUAAACUUUCUCUUGCAGCCACUGGUUUCAAGCACACAGAGUGGUCUGUAUGAAAUGUACAUGUGUAAAUAAACAGUCCAAACUCAAAAUUGCUUCAUCAGUUAACCACACAAGACAUCUACUCAUAAAGAACUUUAAUAGAAAGAUGUGACAAUUCUCAAUUAUUAAAAUGUAGCUGCCAGGAUUUUGUUCAAUGUUGGAAAACAUGUAAAAAGCAGUCCAGAAAAAUAAGGUCUGCUCGCUCCUUGCACCAAGAGUUGUAACAGUAGUGGAGACAUUUGUUGGGCAGGCUGCAUUUUGUUCCAGAAAUGGUCAAUGAUGAGACACUAUCAUCGUGGAUGGAGGUCAUUAUCCACAAAAACUUGGCGGAGGGGCAGUGAUGUCUUAAAUGUCACAACAAUCCACAUAACAAGCAAAUAUUCCUACACAACUACCCAUUAGCAUGUGGAAUGGCUGAUGUCUAAAAUACGAUACAAAAG